CGGAACGCACUUUGAUAUGCAGAACAGCUCGUUCUUCAUGACCAACGAUUGGUGAUCGAGAAAAAGGACGGAAAAAACAAUUGUUUUGUUGUCAAAAAGCUACUGUGUUUGUAAUGUGUUAAAAUGCAGCGUUUAGGAAGGAUGAAGAGAGAGAUAGAAAUGUUUGAGAGAUCUCCGCCACCUGGUAUUUCGUGUUCGAUGAAGAGUGAUAGCAGCGACAGUCUUGAGGCCCAAAUUAUUGGGGCAGAAAACACUCCUUAUAAUGGUGGACUUUUUCAUUUAGAAAUUCAGCUCCCAGAAAGAUAUCCAUUUGAGCCACCCAAGGUACGAUUUGUUACACCUAUUUAUCAUCCCAACAUUGAUGCUGCUGGACGAAUAUGCCUGGACAUCCUGAAGAUGCCUCCAAGUGUAAGUACAGUUAAACUUGCCUAAGUCGACUUUGCUUUA